AUGAUGACUAGAGUGCUGCCAACGAAUAGCGAGAUAACUUCGUUCCCACAACCCGAAGACUCGCUCGCCAGGGAUACGACCCCUGAAAAUCUCCUCAGCCAAAUAACAUCACCAGAAGCUCAUCGCAAGGAUUCAGGUGACUUCACCGAUACCUCUGGAAGUUCAGAUGGUUCAAUAGGAAGCAAGAAAUCUGUUAAUAGCACGGAUGUAUGGGUCCAGGCUUGUGAAGCACAUAAGGAUGACCCUUCGAGCACGCCUAAUGCUGUUGCUGCUGAAACAAUAGGUCAACCUCAUACUUCUACUGCUUCAUCUGAAGCUACUCAAAAGGCUUUGGAUGAUCGGCAACAAGAUCAGCAACCGCUUACUACUGCUGACGCAGAAGAAGGCGAGAGUUCAGUCGACCAACAAUGGUAUGAAGACGAGAGUACUGAUCUGAAUUCCAGUAGUACUUUCCAGAAAACGAAUAUGGAUUCCAGAAUAUCAUCGGUCACUUUCACUACAGGCUCUGUCGCACCCCAGUCGUCCAGCGAACUCUUUGCGCCUUCCAUCAACAACGAGACGGAGACUCCUCAAACAUCCAGCGAAUUCCUCAAGGCUUCCGGCAACAAGGUUGUUAGUAGAGAUAUCACAAACAGUGAACGAUGGAAGAACAACAACAAGUCACAACUCCCUCAACCUGCCUCCCGCAAGAUAAGUUUUGCCCCCAAACAAGGAGACUUUGGACUGCCAUCGAUUCCAAAAAGGACCUCCUUGAACAGCAACAACUCAUACGCCAGCUCGGCUGCUGCUACCACCGUUUGGCCAACCAAGGCCAUUCUCAAGGCGAGUGUAGACGAGGUGAUUCCUGUGAAAAUUCACCGUCGAUUCUGGAAGAAGCUGCCUCCACCAGAGAUGAAUAUCAUCAAGGAGAAGCGGCAGCAAAUGCUAGAUUUCCUGCAAUCCCAAGAGGAGGAAAAGGAAAACAAAGAGGUUGACGUCCCUUCUUCUACUACCGCUACAACUCCUUUUCCACCUCCAACCGGCAUUCACCACCGAUCCCAAUCCGACUGUACUGGGACCCCAGCAGUCGCUCUUGCGCCCCUCCGCGAACGGUCCAAGUCCGAAGGUGCCAAGGCCAAUGUCAAUUUUGAGUCGAUUUUUGUGCGGGAGUAUCAACAAACCAUUGGGGAUAACCCAAGUGUCGGCUAUGGUACUGCGAUUAGUCUAGACUGGCCCUAUAUUGACCAUGACCCAGUGGACUUGGACGUCUACGAGACGAAAAAGAAGAGACGUACCAUGAGACAAAUGUUCUUGAAUCACUACCAACGCAAGAACAUAUUGAUCCACAGAUAUGGACACAGUCCGGAGGAAGUCAAGGCAGCCAAACGAGCCACCAAUAAGGUAAAAACUCAACGAGAAAUUUCCAAAAUGAUGCAAACGAGCUUGCAACCCUUGUUGCUGUUUGAAGAAAUGAGAGAGUCAGCAGUCCGAAAGGUGAAACGACGCAGGAAUAAGGGCAAGAACAGGAGUUCUGAUGUGGCUAUUGUUUCAAGCGGUGAAAUGUUAGUGCACGAGUAA